AUGGGAUUCAUUUCAACUUUAAGUGUGGCAGUUGCUACUAUAUACCCAGUGCUUGCUUCAUGUAGAGCAUUUGAAGAUUAUACCAGAGUCACUAAUUCCCUUGCAUCUCAAAAUUUGAAAAUUGGUGGAUUCACCGUGCCUUUGAAUUAUCUUUAUAAUAGAAAUUUAGGAGGCACACCAAACUCCGACCCUAAUGAUAAAUCAUCAUCUUCAACUUCUACAAAUAUUAGUAUUAAUGAUGAAAGAGCAUUACAAAUUCAUUUAAUUUCUAUUCAAAAAUGGUUUAUAUAUUGGAUUGUUAUUGCUAUAAUUUCUUUAUUAGAAAAUAUAUUAUUUUUAAAAUAUGUUAUACCGGGUUAUUCAAUUUUUAGAUUAACAUUUAAUAUUUGGUUAAUUAUCCCCAUGAUAUCAAUUAAACAAGAAGUUGAUGCCAAUUCUACAUUUGAUAAUACUAUUGAAUGGAAAAAAUUCACAUCUAAUGGAGCAGGAUUAUUAUAUUUUAGUUAUAUUAAACCAUUUAUUGAACAACAUAUUGAUUGCAUUAGGAAAUUUUCUAUUAAUCCAUUGAAUUUUAUCCUGGUUGAGAAAUUGAGAUAUUUGUUCAAUAAGAGUAAUCAGGUGUCACCUAACGACACAAACAAUGGUAAUACAAGUACCGGUAGUAGUAAUAAUAAUAAUGAUUAUUCAAAUGUUUUGGAUUCUUUUGUGAUGGUUAUGAAUAUGAAGAAUAAAUUCACUGGAGGUGCAAAUAGUACGAGAGAUAUUAAUGAACUUGAUAAUAAGAAUACUAGUGCCGACAAUGAAUUUGAUGUUGUUAAUAUUACUCCUGAAACUGAUAGUCAAGUGAAUAAGAGGAARKKUYUUUUGGUAAAUUAG